AUGGAGGGAGGAUCUAGGAGAAGAAUAAAGGAGCAGAAAGAGCCAGAAGAUGUGCCUGAGCAAAGAUUUCUAAGCUAUGUUUACAAAGCAAUUUAUGCUGUGGCUCAUUCACUACACAAUCUACUUAAGUGUAAAGAACAAGAAAGUUGUGAAAAAGGCCUGACAAUACAACCACAGCAGGUGGUUGAGGCCCUGAAAAAGGUUCAUUUCAUCUUAAAUACAGGGGAUAGUGUAUGGUUUGACAACACUGGUGGAGCAGUAGCCCAAUAUGAAGUUGUCAAUUGGCAGCAGAAUUCAGAUGGAUCCAUCGAAUUUAAAUCAGUAGGAUACUAUGACGCCUCACUUCCCCCUGACCAGCGCUUUCUUCUCAACACUGAAAACAUAAUCUGGGCUGGAGGACAGCUGGAGAAGCCAAGGUCCGUGUGCAGUGAGAGCUGUCCUCCCGGUACAAGGAAGGCUGCACAGAAAGGAAGACCUAUCUGCUGUUAUGACUGUAUUCCAUGUGCAGAAGGAGAAAUCAGUAAUGAGACAGAUUCAAAUAACUGCAAGCAGUGUCCAGGGGAAUACUGGUCUAAUGUUGAGAAAAAUGAAUGCGUGCUAAAGGCUGUGGAGUUUCUGUCCUUUACAGAAGUUAUGGGUAUAGUGUUAGUCAUAUUCUCACUGCUUGGGGUUGGAUUAACUGUGCUGGUGGCCACCCUGUUUUACAGAAAGAAGGAUACCCCCAUAGUAAAAGCCAACAACUCAGAGCUGAGUUUCCUGCUGCUCUUCUCAUUGACUUUGUGUUUCCUCUGUUCACUUACUUUCAUUGGUCGGCCCACAGAGUGGUCCUGCAUGUUGCGUCACACAGCAUUUGGGAUCACUUUUGUUCUCUGUAUCUCCUGUGUUUUGGGAAAAACACUAGUGGUGUUAAUGGCCUUCAGGGCUACACUUCCAGGAAGUAAUGUCAUGAAAUGGUUUGGGCCUCUUCAACAGAGACUCAGUGUUCUUUCCUUUACACUUAUACAGGUUCUUAUCUGUGUGAUAUGGCUAACAAUAUCACCUCCAUUUCCCCACAAAAAUAUGAAAUAUUACAAGGAAAAGAUAAUUCUUGAGUGCAGUUUGGGUUCUACAAUAGGUUUUUGGGCUGUGCUGGGUUAUAUUGGCCUACUGGCUAUUUUGUGCUUCAUUCUGGCUUUCCUGGCUCGCACACUGCCUGAUAACUUUAAUGAAGCCAAAUUAAUCACAUUCAGUAUGCUCAUAUUUUGUGCUGUAUGGAUCACAUUCAUACCAGCUUAUGUCACCUCUCCAGGAAAAUUUACUGUAGCUGUGGAGAUAUUUGCCAUUUUAGCUUCAAGCUUUGGUUUGUUACUUUGCAUAUUUGCACCUAAAUUUUAUAUAAUUCUGCUUAAGCCUGAACAAAAUACAAAGCAACGUGUUAUUGGAAGAAUACAAUGA